AUGCAAGCAAUCCGCGUCCACCCGGCGCAACCCCCCACACCACCCUACUCCCCCUCCAAUCCCGCCCCCUCAACAUCCCUACACCUCGACAACAUCCCCAUCCCACACCCAACAAAACCAGGCGAACUCCUCAUCCGCAUAAAAGCAACAACCAUCAUCCGCGACAUGCUCACAUGGCCUGAGACCUACGCUCACCCCUACAUCAUCCCCGGCAACGACUUUGCCGGUACAGUCGUCGAGAUCUUCCUCAGCGGGGAGGAGUCUACUUUUAAGAUCGGCGAUGAAGUGUUCGGUAUGGUUCAUGCGGAUCGUCCUUCUACUUGGGCUGAGUAUGCGAUUGUGUUGGAGAGUGAGAUUGCAUUGAAGCCGAAAGGCAUUGAGUGGGAGGGUGCGGCGGCUUUGCCGCUUAGUGGGAUGACGGCGCUCGAGGCGCUUUUCGACCAUGCGGGUUUAUCUUUGCUGGAAGAGGGUGAUGUCGAGGCCCAAAAGGAGAACGAGAAGAAGGAGGUGUUGAUCACUGGUGCUGCUGGAGGUGUGGGUAUUUAUCUGGUGCAGUUAGCUGCUACCACCGGUUUACGGGUCAUCGCGGCGAGUAGCUCGAACGCUCGGAAUGGGGAGUUUUUGCAAGAGAUCGGUGCUCAUGAGGUUAUUGAAUAUUCGGCGCUUGAAGAUGUCAAGAAUCGCUUUGAUAUCAUUGUUGAUACCGUUGGUGGGGAGACGUUGGCUCGAUGCUGGAGGUAUGUUAAAGAGGGAGGGUCGCUUAUUUCGGUGGAUUCGGGGAGUUUCAAUUUUGUGGAGGAGCAUGGGAAGAGAGGGGUUGGUAGGGAUGGGGUUAAGGGUUUGUUUUUUAUUGUAAGGGGGAGUACUCGGUCUUUGCAUGCGUUGGCGGAGUUGGUGGAUCGGGGGGAGUUGAAGGCGUUUGUGGCGGGGGUUUAUCCUAUUGAGAAGGUGAGGGAGGCUUAUGAUUUUGCGAAUGGGAGGUUUACGGGGAGGGGGAAGGUUAUUCUUACUUUAUGA